GACUCAGUCGGUCAUCUGUCUCUCACUCUCCGAGUUGUUUUUCGGCCUUUCUCCGGCUCAGUGGUUAGCUUUUGACACGCGCCGCGGCUUUCCCCGGCGGGUUCUCACGUCGGGGCGCAUUCUAUCUUACUUUCUGCGGCAAUUUUUCAUCGGAAUAAGGAAACGUGGUUUGGCAGGAAAAUCCAUUUCUGAGUUUGCCCAAUGGUUAAUCAGUCGAUGAAUCGUUUUCGCUACAGUUUCUUUUCAGUUAUAGAAGAUUCAUCGCUCAAGAAGAGACAAGGGCCGCACCAAGGAAUCGUUUACAAUGUUAUCAGCCGUUUUCAGUCGCAGUUGUCAAAAUCAGACAAGCCGGAAAACGAGUUAGAACAGGUACAGGGAGUGAAGGAGACAUCUACUAAUGUCUCUUUGAGGUCUGAGAUUCAGAAGAGGAAACGCUAUGAUUCUGGGAGUGACAGUUAUAGCUCGGGUGAUGAAGAUACAAACGAUGGAAAAUGGAAGUUGGACUUAGCCUGGCUCACGAAGGCCCUCGAACCAGCUCUGCAAUUGCGUAGGUGGGCUCUUCCAACAGGAUCUGGAGAGAAAUCUCCCUCUAGCACUCGAUCUGUCUCGGAGAUCAUUGCCAGCAUUCAGAGGAGUAAGAUUGGGGUUGAGGGUUGGACCUUGGGUGAUCUUACAAUCGGUCUAUAUCUUAUAUACCUCCGACAAGCAUCUUUGAAUCCGUCUGAGGAUGUCAAGGGUGUAGAAGUUGUGUCAGACUCUACAGUUCAUGAUCUGAUAUACCAUACCGAGUUAGCCAAAGGUUGUUACAGGGAUAACGUCGCUGGUCUUGCAAGGAACAGUAUGCUUCGAGAGAAAAACAUUGUGAAAUUUGUAAAGGAUUCCAGCGUUAUGAGGCCUGGAUACUACAUAGGAGUUGAUCAUCGGAGGAAGCUCGUGAUCUUUGGAAUACGGGGGACACAUACCAUCUAUGAUCUUAUAACUGACAUUGUUUCUUCAAGCGAGGAUGAGGUCACUUUUGAAGGAUAUUCGACCCACUUUGGAACUGCUGAAGCUGCACGCUGGUUUCUUAACUACGAAUUAGAAACCAUACGGAAGUGUUUGGAGAAGUAUGAGGGAUACAGGUUAAGGUUGGUUGGUCAUUCUCUUGGAGGUGCUAUAGCUUCUUUACUAGCAAUAAUGCUCCGUAAAAGGCCCCAGAAGGACUUGGGAUUCGACCCUGAAACUGUUUCGGCAGUUGGGUAUGCAACACCUCCUUGCGUUUCGAAAGAGCUUGCAGAAAGUUGCUCCGAGUUCGUUACAACAGUAGUAAUGCAGGAUGAUAUUAUACCUAGGCUAAGUACAGCAUCUCUUGCAAGAUUGAGGAAUGAAAUCCUACAGACUGAUUGGACAAGUGUGAUUGAGAAGGGAGAAUGGAAAAGUGUUAUAGAUUUGGUGACAAACGCAAAGCAGGUUGUCUCCUCUGUGCAAGAUGUAGCACGAAAACUUUCAGAAUAUGCAAAAUUCAGCAAGAAGACAGACUUCUCUGAUAGUUCCACCAUGAACGGAUCAUCUGCUGCUCCCGCUGUCCCUCUGAUCUCCGAGCCAGCGACAGGAGCUGGUAAUGCCUUAAAGAAGAAGGAAACCGACGUCAGUGAGCCUGAAGAGUUAUAUGUACCUGGAACGGUAUACUAUCUGAAGAGAAACCUACGCCGAAAAACCAAAAGCGGAGGAGGGAAAGGAGUAGAAUAUUUCACAUUGUGGAGGAGAGAUCCCGGCCUGCAUUUCCAGAGAAUAGUUCUGUCGGGCAACUUCAUUUCGGACCACAAGUGCGACAGCCAUUACUACGCCCUGCGAGAUGUGCUCAAAGGAUAUAAGGGUCACAUCGAGGAAGAAAUCUUCAGAAAGAGAGAUGAGUAAAACAUAAUCCUCGCCAUUCUCAUCUAUUUCCUUCCAUUUGGAUGAACGUACGUUUGCCUGUACCAUAAAAGCUGUGAAUCUCCGGACCUUUUGUCUCUGUGUCUGUUUCAUGAAGAAUUGGAUCAAUGGCAGCUUAGCUGCUCUUUGAGAAGAGGGGUUUUGUUUUGUUUUCAGUCACUCUUGGCUUUGAUUGGCACUUUAUGAGUGGUUUAGAUAAGCAGGUUAACCCUAGGGUUAUAAACCUAACUCUCCACGCCAAUCCAAUCAAAUAAAUUGUAUUGGUCA